AUGCUGCACUUCGAGCCGCCCUCUGCUCGCCCCUCGCUCAGCGAGCCCUCGCCACGCCCUGCGCCCGCGCAGUCGCAGUACCUCCUCGCCGCCGAGCUCGACUCGCACCCCGCACGGUCCUCGUCCAUGGGCCGCGACUCGGUCAACCCGCAACCGCCUGCGCCCACCUCGCGCAUCCCGACUGCUGCAGGCGGCACGAGCCGCAUGCAGGCGCGCGACCCGACCCUCGGAGCGACUUCCGACGUCCACUCGUUCGAGAGCUCGAUCGACCCGACUGCUCCUCGUCCGCCACCCCGCAUGCGCGCCGCCUCGACCGGCGCCGGCGUGCGCGCCGUCGGCUCCUCGUCCGACCUCGACCCGUCGCCUUCGUUCAGCGGCCUGCCCUCGUCGCGCUCGGUCUCGCUCGGGCAGGGCCUCGCCGACAUGCAGGGCAAGGGCAAGGGCCAGCGGCCCGCGACGACAAUCGCGGCGGCAGGAGGCGGGCCGGCGCCGGCCUCGGCCACGCCGCCGGUCGAGCCGUUCUCGUACGCCUCGACGGCUCCCGCGGGCACCGUCACCUCGCCUCCUCUUCGUGCGUGGGUCGACCAGCAGGUGCACGAGCUCGACGGCGCCCCGUUCAGCCGCGUCACGACGGCGCCCGCCUUCGCCGCCGCCGAGCGCGAGUCUCGCAAGGUGCCGCUCGGGCCUGUCAUCGCGCCGCCGCACCUUCCGCCGCUCGUCAAGGACCUCACCGGCCUGACGGCAUACGCCAACUGGGACGUGUCGAACGAUGUCGAGUGGAGCCUCGGCAAGGUCGUCGGGCCGGCGGCGCUGCAUGAGGUCGUGAGGGACCCGGAGGCGUUCCAGUCGUUCCGCAACUUCAUCGCCGCCACGAGCAGCGACGAGUCGGCGCCGUUCCUCCUCGAUCUGUACCGCGACCUGUCGGCCUUCUCGCACGUGUGCACGACCCUGCGCCUCUCUUCGUCGUGCAUCUCGUCGACCUACCUCCUCAAGACGUCGCCGUCGCGCCUCGCGCUCCCGAUCUCGCUGCGUGGACCCGUCCUCGAGUGCCUGUACGACUCGGCCGCCGUCGGCCACCCGCUCCUCGAGCCCCUCCAGGCCCUGCACGCCGACAUCUACACCAAGCACUUCCAGCCGUUCGUCCAGCAGAAGCUCGUCGAGCAGGUCGUCGCGCGCCUCGCGAGCUGGAAGGCCGGCCUCGGCUGGACCGGCAAAGGCGGUCCGAGCGGCGGCGGCGGCGGCGGCGGCAUGGGCCUCUCGAUGGCGUCGACCGACGGCCUCGCCGAGUGCUACUGCCUCACCGACCCGAACCAGCGCGACAACCCGAUCACGCUCGCGAGCGAGGGCUUCGUCGACUUGACCGGGUACCCGCUCAAGCUCGUCAUCGGGCGCAACUGCCGCUUCCUCCAGGGCCCGGGCACGUCGCCCGAGAGCGUCAAGCGCCUGCACGACGCGCUCGCCGAGGGCAGGAACGUCACGUCGCUCAUCUUCAAUUACCGCGCCGACGGCUCCGCCUUCGCCAACCUCCUGUGCAUGGCGCCGCUCAAGGACGACAAGGGCGUCGUGCGGCAUUUCAUCGGCGGCCAGAUUGACGUCACCGGCGCCCUCAACGCCCUCGUCCAGUCGCCCUCGCUCGCGGCGCACCCCUCGCUGUGGCUGCACGCAGCCUCGCCCCCGUCGCCCUCGUCCACCUCGGUCGCGCUCGCCCCGUCCUUCACGCCGCUCGUCCAGGCGCAGAUGGCCCGUCUCACGACCGUCUCGCGCCAGACGGGCGUCACGAGCGGCGACGCCAUCCGCGAGCUCGGCACGGCGACGCUCGGCACCGGCGCCGGCGGCUCGCCGACGCAGCUCUCGCCGCGCAGUGCGCAGGCGCCGAGCCCGCCUGUCGAGGACAAGAAGCGCAAGGGCCCGUUCGGGUUCCUCGGCAAGGCGAGGAAGAGCACGUCGACGUUGAGCAUCCGCCGGUCGUCGCUCGAGAGCACGGCGGCGGGUGGUGACGAGACGCCGCGCGAGUCGGCUGCGGCCAAGGGCCUCGGGGACGGGCUUGACGGCGGCGGGUCGAGCGCGAGGCAGGAGAAGCGUGGGAGCGUCGGCGGCGAGAGCGGUGGGUCGGAGCAGGAGGAGGUGGACGCGCUCAACGAGUCGCUCAUGCACAACGGCCUCCGAGCCUUCGAGCAGACGUACAGCCGGGUCGCACUCGUCGAGCGCUCGACGGGCGACAUCCUCUACACGACGCCCGAGCUUGUCGAGUACUGCGGCCUGCCCGGCUCGUCGCACCACGAGCUCCACUCGACCUCGUUCAUCAAGAUCCUCGUCUCGUCUUCUGCGUCUCGUACCUCGGCGGCGUUGUACGGCGGCGGCGGCGGCGGCGAUGCAGCGUCGCUGUCGACCUCGAUGGCGGCCGACGAGGAGAAGGACAUGACGCGCCGCCUGCGCCGCAACGUGCGUCUCGCGGUCGAGCAGGGCCAAGGGUGGACGGGCCUGGUCGGUCUGCAGCCCGUCGCGAAGAAGCUCUUCGGCCGCAGCAAGCACGGCGAGCCUCUCGUGCGCGAUGCCGUGCUCCACCUCACGUCGCUGUGCAACAAGGAGGGCAAGGUCGAGGCGCUCGUGGCCGUGUUCGGCUGA